AUUCAUAUCAGCAAUGGCGUCCCAGCAGAUGAGCACUAACAAUGCUCAGAUGAGCGCUCAGCAAGCGGCAGUUUUACAGCAAACACAAGCUCAACAACUCAGUCAACAGCAAGAUUUCGACCCCGUUCACAGAUUCAAGAUGCUAAUUCCACCGCUCAAAGACAGUCUACAGAAUGUCAUGACCAUCGCGUCUCUAAAUUUUGCACAUAAUACUGCUAUUGACAACGGCUUAAAAACAACCGAGAAGGGUAAUGAUGCCGCAGUUCAGCGGUUUGACAAAAGUCUAGAGGAGUUUUAUGCUCUCUGUGAUCAGCUGGAGCUCUGCCUGCGGCUGGCCCAUGAAUGCCUCUCACAGAGCAUCGACAGCACGAAACACUCUCCAAAUCUCGUACCCACAGCCACUAAACCCGACACGGUGCAAACAGAAUCUCUGUCUUACUCUCAGUAUCUCAGUAUGAUCAAAUCACAGAUUUCAUGUGCUAAAGACAUCCAUAACGCUCUCUUAGAGUGUUCAAAAAAGAUCGCUGGGAAAGGUCAGGGAGCUUGUAAUUAGUUGCUGCCAAAUCUAUUUCAUUUCCUCUUUGUGUUUGUGUAUGCAUAACUUUGAUGAUGAUCAAAAAAGUUUUUUUUUUUUUUUG